AUGGAGGGGAACAGCAAGGGCAGGAAGAGGGAGACCGAGAUCCUGGUAGAUGGGCCCACUCUGGAGUUUGAAUACAAUGAUUCAGACCAGUUAUCUGCAGAGUUAGCAGAAUUGUACAGCUACACGGAAGAACCCGAGUUAAACCUUAAUCGCAGAUGUUUUGAAGAAAGGUUUAGAGUUGAAGGAGAGGCAAGAUGGUUGUCCCUGGACGCAGUGCAGCACAGAACUCAAGUCAUGUGCCUCCUUGAUGAACUGGAGGUGGUGUCCCGGGAGAAACGUCUGUCAGCGGCUAGAGCUAUCCUCUACUUGGCACAAGGGGUGUUUGGAGAAAGUGAGAAUGAGACUGAUGUCCUCUACUGGUCCCGAUACAACUGCUUCCUCCUGUACCAGAUGGGGACAUUUGCUGUCUUCUUGGAACUUCUGAACAUGGAAAUUGCGAACAGCCAGGCCUGCAGCAGUGCUCUAAGGAAGCCUGCUCUGUCAUUGGCAGACAGCACUGAGCUCCGGGUGAUUCUAAGUGUCAUGUAUCUCUUGGUGGAAAAUAUAAGACAGGAGUCACCAGAAGAUGAUCCAGAAUGGAGUUUACAGAGACAAACUUUCCAAACAGAACUUGCUCUUCCAUCCAAUGGGGAGGAACCAUUUGCUUACCUCCUCUUCUCAAUGGUUACCAAGUUCUGUAGUGGCCACUCUCCACAUUUUCCCAUGAAAAAGGUCCUCCUAUUGCUCUGGAAAGUUCUUUUGUUUACAUUAGGGGGAUUCUCUGAGCUGCAGAAGAUGAAGGAGAGAAAGAGAGCAGAGUUGGGUCUUCCACCACUGCAGGAGGACAGUAUACAAGUAAUGAAGAACAUGAGGGCCACUGCUCCUCCAUCCUACGGAAUUGAAUUUGGCGAGCAGCAGAGGAGGGGGCGACGUAGCCGCAGGGACAGCCUUGAUCUCUAUAAUGAGAAAGACCCGUUCAAGAGUGAGGAAAGUGCAGGGGCAGAAGAGGAUGAAAACGAAGAUGCAGAUAACAUGGUGGAGGCAGAGUCUGAUUUACAAGAAAGGGAUGUCAUGUCACAGCCAUUGGCUUGCCUGAGAAUCCACACAGAGCGAGUGUGCUUCCCCAAGGGUCUUCCUUGGGCACCUAAAGUAAGAGAGCAGGACAUUGAAAACUUCCUGGAGAUGAGUCGAAACAAGUUCAUUGGAUUCACACUAGGACAUGACACGGAUACUCUGGUGGGAUUACCACGGCCUAUUCACGAGAGUGUGAAGAUUUUAAAGCAGCACAAGUAUGUUUCAAUUGCUGAUGUACAGAUUACAAAGGAACAAGAGCUAGAAAAAUGUCCCGUGUCACUGGGAGAGGAGGAGGUGGAUCAGACUGCAACAGAAUGUCUAUAUAAAGCCAUGUUAUUCAACAUACCUCAGUACAUGAUUGCCUUGUUGAAGAUACUUCUGGCAGCUGCUCCAACUUCCAAAGCCAAGACUGACUCCAUUAAUAUUCUGGCUGAUAUUUUGCCUGAGGAAAUGCCGGUCACUGUGCUGCAGAGCAUGAAACUGGGGAUCGAUGUGAACCGUCACAAAGAGAUCAUUGUGAAAAGUGUAUCUGCACUGCUGGUACUGAUGCUCAAACACUUUAAGCUGAACCACAUCUACCAGUUUGAAUACGUUUCCCAGCACCUGGUGUUUGCUAACUGCAUCCCUCUGAUCCUGAAAUUCUUCAACCAGAACAUUAUGUCCUACAUCUGUGCCAAGAACAGCAUCUCUCUUCUUGACUUUCCAUCCUGUGUCGUCCAUGAAUUGCCAGAGCUGACUGCUGAAAGUCUGGAGUCGGGAGACAAUAACCAAUUUUGUUGGAGGAAUCUCUUCUCCUGCAUCAACCUGCUGAGAAUCCUUAACAAGCUCACCAAGUGGAAACAUUCCCGGACCAUGAUGUUGGUGGUGUUUUAAGUCUGCUCCCAUAUUAAAACGAGCACUGAAGGUUAAACAGGCCAUGAUGCAAUUAUAUGUGUUAAGACUGCUGAAGCUCCAGACUAAGUACCUGGGGAGACAGUGGAGAAAGAGCAAUAUGAAAACUAUGUCUGCUAUCUACCAAAUGGUGCGGCAUAGAAUGAAUGAUGACUGGGCCUAUGGCAACGAUAUUGAUGCCCGACCUUGGGACUUCCAGGCAGAGGAGUGCACAUUACGGGGUAACAUAGAAAGCUUUAACAGCCGAAGAUAUGAGAAAAACCCAAACUGGGAGUUUGCCCCUGUAGACAACUGUCUGCAGAGUGUUUUGGGCCAGAGGAUUGAGCUUCCAGAGGAUUUUCAUUACACCUAUGAGCUCUGGCUGGAAAGAGAAGUGUUCUCCAAGCCAAUCCAAUGGGAAGAACUGCUGCAGUAUUCCUGA